CCACCAAUCUCGCAUCCAACAAUGCUGUCUGCUGUUUCCCGCGCAUCUGCCGUCCGCGCCUUCUCCUCGCUCGCUGCCCGCGCCGAGGCCCAGCACCCCAUCAAGAACGUCACCAUCUUUGGCGCUGGCUUCAUGGGCGCCGGCAUUGCCCAGGUCUCUGCUGAGGCUGGGUACAACGUCAAGCUGGUGGACGUGAGCAGCGCCGCAGCAGAGAAGGGCGUUGCUGGGAUCAAGUCGAACGUUGCGCGCGACGCCCGCAAGAAGUUUGCCGAGCUCGCCAAGACAUCCGCAGAGCAGGCUGCGGAGAGCGAACGCAAGCAUGUCGAAGCGAUCGUCGGCCGCAUCCAGGCGACAGACAAGCUCGAGUCCGCCGUCGCCGAGGCCGAUCUCGUCAUUGAGGCCAUUGUCGAAAACAUCAAGGUCAAGCAAGACCUCUUCCGCAAGCUCGACGCCCAUGCGCCCAAGCAUGCCAUCCUGGCAUCCAACACGAGCUCGCUGCGUGUGACGGACAUUGCCUCCGCCACCAACCGCCGCGAUCGCGUUGGCGGCCUCCACUUUUUCAGCCCCGUGCCCGUCAUGAAGCUCGUCGAGAUUGUUCGCACCGACGACACCUCCAACGACACUCACGCUGCGCUCCUCGACUUUGGCAAGAGCGUCAAGAAGGUCACCGUCUCGUGCAAGGACACCCCCGGAUUUGUCGUCAACCGCCUGCUCGUCCCCCUCAUGCUCGAGGCCAUCCGCAUGCUCGAGCGCGGCGAUGCCUCCAAGGAGGACAUUGACGCUGCCAUGAAAUUUGGCGCCAACCACCCGAUGGGCCCGCUCGAGCUCGGCGACUUUGUCGGCCUCGACGUCUGCCACUCCAUCAUUGAGGGCUGGCACCAGUCCUACCCCGACGUCCAGCUCUUCAACCCUUCGCCCCUGCUGACCAAGCUCGUUUCCGAGAAGAAGUUUGGCCGCAAGACUGGCGAGGGCUUCUACGUCUACCCGCCGGCUGCCCCCAAGCCCGCCAAGAAAUAAUUUUUUUUUUUUUUGGUGCAGAAUGUGUUUCUUUUUGGUUUGUGUUCAGCUUUCUUCGGUUGCAGCGAGUGGAUACUCUAUCACGUGCCAUUGUGGUGUAUUACGUUCUUGGGCUCGAUCGCAAUACAGCAAAAACCAAACAAACAA